GGCCCGCCCCGUCCCGUCCAACGAGCCCGGGAUUUUCAAAACACGACACGAGCCCGCUCCCGGCGGCGAUGCCGGUGGUGCGGCAGCGGCGGCGCUGAGGGGAGCCCGACCCCCAACCCACCCACCGUGGGAGCAGGUCCGGCAGGGCCCGGCCGAGCGAUGCCUGCGAUCACCGGCCCCGUAACUUCCAGGCUGAAGCGGGAGGACUGCCCCCGCACCAAGCACGACUCCCUCUUCUCCCCAUGGAAGGUUCUCGUGGGUCCGUCGGACUGGGAGGACCACUCCGCCGGCAAGGAGGGGGUCCAGCGCUACCGCAUCCGCAACCUCCCCGACAAUUUCCCCGGUCUCUACGAGAUGGGUGUCGCCGGCACAACCGACGACGGCGUCAGGUCCCGGAGGCGUGAUUCGCGAGGUGUCGUUGUGGUGUACCUCGGGCAGGCCGACAGUGUCAGGGCGAGGCUGCAGCAGUAUGGCCGCUCGGGGUCGCACCUGGACACUGGGAAUUCGUUAGGCUCUGCUGGUAAAGCUGAGGUGAAUGCGCUCGCCGCAGGGCCUGGAUUGUUCAGAGAAGUGUUCUCUCGAGGCUAUUCUGUUGUGUUUCGAUGUGCCCAGGUGAGAGUUCUUGGUGAUUCUUUCCCUUUCUAUGAUUUUGGGCGGCUGUACUGUAGUAUUAUACAAGUGUGCAUCAACAUGCCAAUGGUGUCUGAAUUCUGAAUGAGAGUCUGGUCUGAAGUUUUCUGAACUGCGAGGAUGGCUAUGAUUUAGAUGUCCACAAUAGUUAAGUAGCCUCUGAUCCACAGUUAGCAUUAUGUUCUGCUGAUACAAUGAGAUUUUAUCUAUAAAUGUGUUCUAUAAUUUCUUGAAAUUCUUCUGUUAAAGCUUGCGAUGUUCACAUCUUUUGGGGGUGACAAAGGUUAUGUUUGCUCAUAUUCAUUGUACAUUGUUUGUUGCUGAAUGUACACUUGG